CAUAUCUUCCCUCGUCGAGGAACUUCAGUGCCCAUACAGCACCUCACUGUGUCUCUUCCUCUCGCUUCAGUUUCUCGUACCUUUGCACCACCACCGGGGGUUCCGCCGGAACGCUCGCCGAAAGAAGAGCGACAUGGCCCGCGUGGUGGUUGAAGGGAUGCCGGAGGCGGCCGCCGGAGGAGGAGGGAUGCUGAACCGACGGAAAAGCAAAGCCAGGCGGAGAAAGCGAAAGGAGUUGUUCGCCAUCCAGAUGUGCUUUGCCGGGGUAAUGCUCGGGCUUGUCGUAGGGCUCAAGUCUGUGGCUCAGAAAGCAGGAUAUUACGUUUCCAGUUCCAUGGUUGAGGAGGGUCUGAAGUGGGAGAGUCGUCACCUUUUGCAAGAAGUCUACGAAAAUGAUUCAAAGCUCUUCCCAGAGCUGGAAAAAAACUGCACAGACCCAGCAAUCCAUGAGUUUCCCAGGGAUUACUUCACCAACCAGGAACGUGUUGAUGGAGCAGUGGGCCUGCACGUCCUCUGUGCGGUCUACAUGUUCUAUGCCCUGGCCUUGGUGUGUGACGACUACUUUGUCCCCUGUCUAGAGAAGCUCUGUGAGCGACUUCAGCUGAGCGAGGAUGUAGCAGGAGCGACCUUCAUGGCAGCUGGAAGUUCUGCACCUGAAUUGUUCACCUCUGUCAUUGGAGUUUUCAUCACGAAAGGUGACGUCGGGGUCGGCACCAUCGUUGGCUCCGCCGUCUUCAACAUCCUCUGUAUUAUUGGAGUGUGUGGCAUAUUCGCCGUACAGGCGAUCCAUCUCACCCGCUGGCCUCUGAUCAGAGACUCUACAUACUACACCCUGUCGAUCACUGCUCUCAUAGUGUUCAUAUAUGACGAGAAGAUUGUUUGGUGGGAAGCUCUGACGUUGGUUCUGAUGUAUUUCGUCUACAUUUUCAUAAUGAAGAUGAACUCCUACGUUGUUCGUUUUCUGGAGAGGCGGGCGAAGAAUUCGUCCAGUCUGAGGAACGGAGUGGCCUCUAACGGCGAGCUUGAAGAUGGCUGUGACGCUACAUCUGUUCUACUGAAGAAAGCGAACCACCACAGGAAGCCGUCUGUGCUGAUGGUGGACGAGCUGCUGUCAGCCUACCCCCACCAGCUGUCCUUCUCUGAGGCGGGCAUGAGAAUCAUGAUCACCGACCACUUCUCUCCGAGGACCAGGCUCACCAUGGCUUCACGGAUGCUCAUCACAGAGAGGCAGCGUCUAAUCCACUCACGGACUUUGACCAACGGUGACUCAGAUGUUCAAGUGAAAGGAGGAAGUAGGCGGGGCAUAGAGAACGGGAUGUCCGGACCUGAGAGGGGGAUCGGCGUUCGCCGCGAGGACCGAGAGGCGGGCAACGAGACGGACAACGAGGACAACGACAACAAUGAGAACGAUGAAGAGGAAGAAGAAGAGGAUGGAGGGGGGCCCUUUGUACCCUUCCAGUGCCCAGCGGGGGGGUUCAACAAGCUGAAGUGGCUGGUGGCCUGGCCUCUCUGCCUGCUGCUGUACUUCACCGUCCCCAACUGCUCCACGCCUCGCUGGGACAACUACUUCAUGCUGUCCUUCUUCUGCUCCACCCUGUGGAUCGCUGGCUUCUCCUACAUCAUGGUCUGGAUGGUGACAGUGAUCGGCUUCACACUCGGUAUCCCGGACGUCAUCAUGGGCAUCACCUUCCUGGCAGCCGGCACCAGCGUCCCUGAUUGCAUGGCCAGCCUUAUAGUGGCACGACAAGGAAUGGGAGACAUGGCUGUGUCCAACUCCAUCGGCAGUAACGUGUUCGACAUCCUGGUGGGGCUCGGGCUCCCCUGGUCCGUGAAGACCCUCGCUAUCAACUACGGCACUGAUAUCAAAAUCAACAGCAAAGGCUUGAUCUUCUCCGUGGGGCUCCUGCUGGCCUCUGUGUUCAUGACUGUCCUGGGAGUUCACCUCAACAAGUGGACUCUGGACAAGCGCCUGGGUUUCACGUGUCUCCUCCUCUACUCCGUCUUCCUGUGUGUCUCCUGCCUUAUCGAGUACAAUAUCUUCACCUUCGUCAACCUGCCAACCUGCCGCGACGAUUAGCACACACACAGACACGUGCACACAUAUACACUAUAUAAACGGUGUUUGCAAAGAAUUCCAACACAUUCCGACGAUAGAAUUAGACCCAGAAAGUAUAAUUCUUAAUAUAUUUAACAGCGAGAAUGAUUUGCAAAUACCAUUUAAAACACACUCACUUACCUGCUUUUAUGAGAAGAUGUUAUCUGCUGUGUCGGCUAGUCUUCGGGGCAGAGAUAGAAAUGACUGACGUGCCCUCACACAGGACAGAACUGAGGACAGGAGUCACCACUACUGCUUGCUCCUGACUUGAGGACCUUUAUUUUGAAACUCCCUGUAUUUAGGUGUGAAAGUAGUCAUGUUUACUAGCUGCUAACCUUUCCUGAGAGGAAAGGUGGGUCUUUUAGAUCUACUAGUUGAGAGUAAUAAUUAUAAAAGCAAUGAUGUAAAUAGGUGAGAGGGUGUAGAUUAGCGCUGUGGUUCAGAUAACGUUUUUUAAAACACAGUUAAGAGUGCAAAUCUUCAGGCAAAGAACAGACAAUGGUAAGCAGAUGGGCCCGAUUUUCAAACACCAUUAUCUUAAGACUAUUGUUGAUUUCCAACAUGUGGACAUUAUUAAGUAUUUUCAGUGAAACAUUUUAAGAAACACAACCCCCACACAGAAUCAGGGCAUUAUCAAAAAAUAUUCAAAAAGAACCCCUCAGCGUAUUUUAAUUUAAGCGGUUAGGUCAAAAACGAACCCUUUACCUCCUCAUGGUUCUGUUUUCAUGCUUUACAAAUGUUAGUCUGUUUGGCCAAUCAUUGGAAAUUUCAGAGACAUUUUCAGGAAACUUGGCCAAUCACAGGUGAUUCCCAGCAUAGGGAACAGCUACUCUUCAGAGAUGCAUACGGAAGAUGAUUGGGGCCACAUGUGAAAUUAUUUUUGAGAUCUUACCAAAACUAAAAUUCCUUGUGAGUUCUGAUAAAAAAGGUAUUUCCUUUCCUUUCCUUUUCAGAGGUCUGCACUUUGAUCUCAGAACUAAAAAAAAACAUACAUUUUUGCCGGAUCCAAAAAGAAAAUUCACAUGUGGCCCUUAUCAACUUCCGUAGGUUGGUAGAAGAAUUCAUUAAUACCAACAUUGACUCUCCAUCUCUCUACAGAUCUCUACAGUACUUUUACCUUCUUUGAGAUCAUGUUGCAGCACAGUUACGAUGGUGUCCACAUGGUGUCUUGUUUUUGGCGGAAAGGCUAACGCUCCUAGCCUUUUCAUUGAUGCUAUGACAAUGAUUUAUUGGCAAUGUAUCACCGCUUUUUUAUGGCAGAAUAGCAUCUACCUUUUGGAUUUUAUUGUCUGUUUUCAGCUACUAUAUGUUAGUUUGAUUUGAUUGUUUUUUCACCACACUAAAAGAUGCUAGCUCUCACACUUUGUAUGAAUGAGCUGCACCGCUCAGUCUGACAGCCGUAGAGGAAGAUCUGCGCUCAGCGAGAAAAGUACAAGGGUCCGCCAGACUGAUCGGUUCAAACAAACAGGCUUUUAGUCUUUGUUGUAAUAGUUUCCGUCUGAGAGACACGGUGAAAAACAAGCUUCUCCCCUAAUUUACCGUGACAUCACCUACGCUUGUCCGAAAAAAAGAUCAGAGCGCUUGAGAAAAAAGACGCUAGGUGCAACGCUGUUUCUCAAGGUGGCCGCAUGCAAAAGCAUAAGCUCUCUCCUCAUUGGAAACAAUUGAAAAAAGAUGCUGCCGCUCAAAAAAGGUACUAUGUGGACACAAGCCGUUAGCUGCUAGCCGUUGGCCGCUAGCAGUUAGCAGCGUACAAUAGCAUAUUGUUCUCUGUAUCUUUGCCUUUUUCUGGAGAACAAAAUAACCUAAACCUUUUUGUCCAAUAAUGCCCACAUUUAAUUUCCUCCUCAAGCUUUACCAUCAAUAGCAUCAUAGUUGUAGCUCCUAUAUUUUUUACUGGGAAUUAAAUAGCUUUAAGGGGAGAUUCUUCUUUAUCUUCUGUAAAUAGACCACCUCUGUAAAUACCCCUAGAUGUCAUAUUUAUUAUUUAUUCAUGUCAUUCGCACAUUUCCCCUCUGGAGGUCACAAAGCACCCGGGCAGGUUUUAUUUAUGGACCCAGUUGGCUGGAACCACUCGUGUUCGAACAAGCACAAUUUCCUCGAAAAGGUAUUUUGUCUUGUUGAUUUUAUUAAUGACUUUUAUGUUGUAUGUGUGGAUGUUAAAAAAAGAAAUCAAACUUGCACUGAAGAGCUUAAACUAGGAGACUUUAAGUGUUUCUCCUGAUGCGUGCUGAUUAUAAGGAUGGCAUCCUUGUAAAAUGAAGCAGGUUUUAUGAAAGAAUUAUGUUUUUUAGAGAAGUAAAUGUUUUGGGAGAUUGUUGCGGAGAGGUGUCGUAGUUUGCGCUGCCACCUAGGGACAGAAAUGAUGAACUGCUGCUUUUUUUCUCUUCUGGAAGACGCCGACCAAAUAGACUGAAAACAGUGGUGGCAUUAUUUCAAACAGGUCGCACGAGGUACUUCCUCUGCGGUGAAUUUCCUGCUACACUCGUGAGGUAAAGAUGCAAUACCAAGCAUCAGGACUUUUAUUCCAGCUCUAAUACUCAAAGGUUGAGCGUUCAACUUUAUUUUUAUCCAGGAGUUCUUUGUAUUUUGUAACGCCUAAUGUCUAGAUUUGUCCAGAUUUGGUAGGUUUGUGGUAAAAUUGAGAUAAAUAUUCCUACUGUACUAGUUUUUUGGAGCAUGUACAAUGUGGUUCGUGAAACCCUACGGAGGAUUUGUAUUCAACUACUGGAGUCACACUAUUCCUCAAAGACUUCCAGCACAGAAAUGAACUCUUCAUCGGUCAGAUUCAUCAAAAUGUCAGCUUUCCUCAAUUCUUUUUUUUUUUCAAUGGAAGACAAUUGCUAAAAAAGUCUGAUUUGUUUCAGGGAAAUGUUUAAUUUAUUGACGAGUAUUAUCAAAUAUAAGAUCUGAGAAAUAUUGUCUUUCGAAUGUGCAAAUAAUUUAUGUUUGUUGUCAAUAUAUCAUAUAUCACAUUUAUUUAUACAGAGGCAGAGUGCUAUGAACGGAAAACAGGGUUUACGUGUGUCGCGAAUCUUAUGUAAUGCAAUAACUAUGAGCUUAUGUGUAAAUAUGCCGCUUUAAUGAUCAAAGACACAUUAGUUGAACAUGAUGUCUGUCAAUAUGUGACUCUGUAACAGCAUUCCUAACAAAGUUAUUUAUCAAUGACUAUACACACAAUCACAGCAGGACUGUUAUUAACAUAUGGAGCCCUACAACUCUUAUCAUGGUCAGUUCUUCCACACUGUAUUAUCAAAUAAUAAUGGGACACGGAAUUAUUUAAGUUAUUCUCAAAUACUGUUGAUUCUGGUUAUAAAGUAGCCUGAAGCUAGGUUUUGAAUUUGAGCCUUGAAAUAUAUAACUAAUUUCCCAUUUUUUCAAAUUAUUUAUUUGAAAGUUACUCUGAAAUAUCAAAUUAAUCUGGUGCUAUUUAUAGUGAAAGAGAAUAUUCUGAGAUGGUAUACAAAGUUUCAUUUAUUUGAAAAGGUUUUUGUAGAGUUUAUAGAGAUAUCUAUAUCUGAAACAGCCCAUGGGAAGCCCAUUUCUGCCAGAAAAAGGAUGAACAUGAAAUGUUGCAAAAAUCAAAUGAGAUGCUGAGUCAAAAGUCUGAUUAGGUCCUUCAAAAAUGAUGAGGUAGUCACAUUGUGAUAAUGCAAGUCAACCUUUUGAUGAAUGAUGCAAUACUCAUUUACAAUUAUGAAUAUAUAUUUUAAUAUAUAAACAUUUUUGACUUGCAUUCUUUGGGUUUAAGUUAGUAUGUCAUCAUUAAGCCUUUCUAUGUAAUACAUCUCAUCUCAAGUCACAUUUUGAAGUUAAAUAAUGAUAUUACUUUCUUAAAAUGUUGACUCAUAAUUACGUUAUUUCAGAUAAUAACUAGAUAUGUGUUGAAUUAUCAUGACUUCUGGUUUCAAAUAUGCCUCGCAUUAAUACCCUUAAAGAUCUUCUAAUAUGAAGGAAAAAUAUGACACACAUUCAUUCAAUCCAAGUGAGUUAUACUUUAUAAUAGAGUGGUGCAGGAAUGAGUCCUAAAACCCUGAAAUGAGUUAGCAUGUUACCAUUUGUGGGUCCCUCGUCUCGAAGUCAAUUGUUUUUUUAACCAGUUUUUUGGUGAGAAGCCUGAAAUAAGAUCUGUUGUUAACACGAGCUGAAGAGAUUUUCAUGUUUAGUUCUAGGACAUAAAAUACGUCAGUAAUACCCCACUUGUGAAUGUCCGAAGCUUUUAUGUGUUAUCAAAAUGGUGGUUGCUAACAAGUGGAUUAAUAAACUACUAAACAUCAUCACACCAAAUAUUAGCCACACAGCUUAGCAGUGGUGACGCGCAACCAUUUGACCAUGAUGUAGUUUGUUUAUAGCAUUACGUUAGCUUUUCAUUACUGCAGAUUGAAUUCAUGCUUCAGAAAGCACAACGUGAUAAUAUGUGGAAAUGAUCCUGCUGAACAAAGUAUCAUGAACAUGUGUUGGCCAAAGAUCUUGUUUUUUUAAAUAUUCCAAAAUACAAUGUUUAAGUCCAAUUGCUUUUUGUCAAGGGAGCCUUUUGCAAUGCAAACAUCCGGGUCGGCCUACAAAAAUACAUCAUCAGUGCACCACUCGAUAGGCAUCAUAUUAUGUUCUGAAGACAUGGGACCAAUCAAAUAAAGUAUAUCUCUUUCGAAACCAAUAAUGCUGAUGACUGUUCAAAGUUUAGUUUCAAGACAGUCUGUGUUUUAAUUUAAAUCAAGCAGCGGAUCUUUAAGCAUGUAGCAUUCCUUGCUAUUCCUAGCUAUAUUAACAGCUAUUCACUCUAUAUGAUACACUACUCUGGCUGAAACAACACUUGGUACAAGGCAUCAUCAUUCGUUCAUGUUUUGAAGUAUUUUCAGUACCACAGGGCAUUUUUUCAGAAAUAUCUGUAUCACGCACUUUACCAUUUAACAAUUGAUGGUACCGAUGAUUUGGUCGAAUACAUUCUGUGCUGCUAUUCACUGUUUGUACCUGAACAUAUGGGUCUUUGAAAAACCAACCAAACUACUACAUUUUGAAAAGAGGUGUCUUGUGUAGGAGAUUUCUUAAUAAUGUUGUGAUAUUCACAUUGGUGAUAUUGCUGAUGUACAUACUGUAUAUAGAUAGGUGUAAAUGUAUUUAUAUAUUUUUUGUCUCAACCUGUAUAUCUGUUGAAUAUAUUUUCAUAGAUCCUAGGUGCCCUUUGUACCCCCCUUUGAUGUGUUUGAGACCUCUGAAGAUAUUGUCCUUUGUUUACUCGCAUGGAGAUAUUUCAAUAUGAUAAAUAAUUUAAAGUAAAUCUUAAUGUAUAUUGGGAUGAGGGUUCAACACGUUUUUUAGAUGGCACUGGAUUUAGUUUGAACUGGAUAUCCUAGAUGACUGCAUGCUGUUGCUAGUACGGGAUAUAAGAGAUAGAGAGUGUGAGUGUUUGCAGACGAUACGUUUCUCUGUAUCUAAGCUUUACCUCUUCAUACACAAGAAAACUUUUCAACAUAGGUUUACUUUGUGUUUAGAUGUUUUAAAUGUAAUUUUGAGAGAUUAUUGUGCUACCUUAGCAUUAAUAAAGUUGUCUUUGCUUAAGGAAACACAA